CGAUUUUAACUUUAUUUCUUUGAUUUCUUUUUCAAUUAAUUUUUAUUUUUUUAGAUUUAUUAAACAAAAUGUAAAAAUUCUAAAAAUGCGGCAUUUAAACCGCACACUUUCUUGCCUAAUUUCAACAAUAAUUUUAAUAUUUUUUAUAAUUUAUUUAAUUUAUUCUGCAUGGACAACUACAAAAUUUAAUUUUGUUUUUAAUGGAACUCCUUCUUUGCGGUUUUCUUAUGCUUUAAGCCAACCUUUAGUAAAUAAAGUGAAUGAAGAUAAUUUACAAAAAAAUUCUUUGAUUGUUUCUUUUGAUCAAAUUAACCAGGAUUUUGCUAAAUUUAGUUUUAAAUUUUCUGGAGAAGAUGUUCUCAUCUUUCUACACAUUCAAAAAACUGCUGGCACCUCUUUUGAGCGAUUUCUCGUUCGUAGUAAAUUAAAUAUUAGCAAUCCUUGUAUUUGUGAAGAAGGGCAGAAACGUUGUGAUUGUGAAAUUAUUGACAAGUUUGGAAAGAAGAGAAUUUGGUUAUUUUCUCGUUAUUCUACUGGUUGGGUGGAUUGGGCUUGUGGAUUACAUGCAGAUUUUACAAAAUUGGUAGUUGCUAAUUGUGUUGAUUAUUAUUUUAAAAUUAAAGAAGGUCAAUCAAAAAAUCGUUUUUAUUUGACAACAUUUAUUAGAGAACCGAUAGAUCGCUUCAUUUCAGAAUUUAGUCAUGUAAAACGCGGGGCAAGAUGGAAAAGAGUUCAACAUUUUUGUAAUAAUAUGUCAGAAUGUUUACAAUUUGAUUUGGUAAAAGAAGUUGAAUUGGAUGAAUUUUUGAAUUGUCCACACAAUUUGGCAUUUAAUAGACAAACUCGAAUGCUUGCAGAUUUAACUUUAAUUGGUUGUGAUAAUUUAAUAUUUUCUGAUACCCCUACAUCACAUUUUGGUCGAUUAAUGUUAGAAAGUGCUAAGAAAAAUCUUCAAAAUAAAUUUGCAUUUUUUGGAAUAAAGGAACGAAUGAAUGAAAGCCAAAUACUUUUUGAGAAUAUUUUUAAUGUCAAAUUUUCCGACUCACUUUCAAAUUGGAAUUUAAGUAAAUCCUCUGAUAUAUUUGUCAGUGCUGAUCAACUUGCCCAAAUUAAGCAAAAAAAUCAGUUGGAUUUGGAGCUAUACUCGUUUGCUAAUAAAUUAUUUAAUAAAAGAAUUGAAGAAUUUAAAAUUAGAGGAAGGCUCUAA